UCUAAAGGAUUGGAUGGAAGAUUUGUGAAUAGAUUGGAAAGAUACAUGGUUGAGCCUAAAGUUUUUAAAAUUUUUCAUUAUGGGUUUUACAAAAAGCAACUUUCUUUAUUUUUGCAAGAUUUACAGGUUAAUGAUUAUGCAGUAAUUUGUAGUAAAUGCAUUUUUAAUAUUAAAGAUAUGCAUAUUUUGAUUUCAGCCGCUUUUAAAAUAGAAGAUUCUGGCUUUUAUAACAAAAUUAAAUUAUAG